AUGAAGGCACAUGUGCGAGGAGCCGGGAUCCUCGGAGCGACUUUGCUUGGAAUUUAUAUUCUCCUGUUUGUCAACACAAGCUUAAAAACAGAAACCCCGCAGAGAGGAGCCGAUCCCAGACUACUGAGGAAACUAGACAGGAUUGAAACGGUUUUACACAACCUGACAAACCUGUUGGAAAAGUCAGCACUAAAGAUCCUCAGUAAGAACGACAAUGGUCCAUCCCAGUCUCAGGACAACGCUGACCAUCGAAGACCAUCUCUGGAGAAGGUUGAGGGACAAAUACAAAAGAGUGUCCACAAGUUGUUUCCAGACUCUUCCUUGUUCACCAACUGGGGUCACGGCCUGACGGUGGAAGAGCAGAAGGAAGCCGAAGGUCUCUUCCAAAUUUAUGGAUACAACGUGUUUCUUAGCAACCAACUCCCUCUGGAUAGGACACUUCCAGACAUGAGGGACAAGAGGUGCCCCAGGAAUCACCCCAAAGACCUGCCCACUGUCAGUGUGGUGCUCAUCUACCUGAAUGAAGCGCUGUCCAUCAUUCAGAGAGCGAUCCGAAGCAUCAUCACGCACACGCCGGCUCACCUGCUGAGAGAAGUCAUCCUUGUGGACGACUGCAGCUCCUACAACGACCUGGCAGAGCCGCUGCAGAACUACAUCGACCAGAUCCAGUUCCAGAAACCGGGCCUCAUCAAGAAAGUGCGCCACCGUCGUCAGAUGGGUUUGGCGCAGUCGCGCGUCUCCGGGUGGGAACACGCCACUGCAGAUGUUGUGGUUAUCCUGGACGCGCACAUAGAAGCUACCGUCGGAUGGGUGGAGCCCCUGCUGGCCAGAAUCAAAGCAGACAGGAAAGUGGUGGUGUCGCCUGUGUUCGAUAAGGUCAAGUACGAUGACCUGGAGGUGGAGAGGUACGAUGCCGCCUCUCAUGGGUUUGACUGGGCCCUGUGGUGCAUGUAUGAGGAGUUCAGUCCACAGUGGUACGCGAUGAAUGAUGAAUCUCAGCCGGGGAAGAGCCCUUCACUCAUGGGAAUAUUUGCGGCAGACAGACAGUUUCUUGGGGAAAUUGGAGGACUCGAUGGUGGAAUGAUGACAUACGGAGGAGAGAAUGUGGAACUUGGAGUCCGUGUGUGGCUGUGUGGCGGCAGCGUGGAGGUGGUGCCUUGCUCAAGGAUCGCCCAUAUUGAGAGGGCGCACAAACCCUACGCACCAGAUCUGUCCUCUCCCAUGCGGAGGAACGCUGUUAGGGUGGCAGAAAUUUGGAUGGAUGAGUACAAGAAGAACGUGAUGAUGGCCUGGAACCUUCCUUUGCAUGAUCAUGGAGUCGACAUUGGUGAGGUGACGGAGAGGAGGAGGCUGAGAGAGAAGCUGAACUGCAAGCCCUUCCAGUGGUACUUGGACAAUAUUUACCCCAGUUUGAGAACCUGGGAGGACAUUUUAGGUUACGGUGUGCUGAAGAACAGUCUUGGUGACUUCUGCUUGGAUCAGGGCGCGGUUCCUGGGAACAUUCCCAUCGUGUACGAGUGCCAUUCCCAGCGACCACAGAUGUGCUACUACAACAAUGCGAGUGAAAUCAUCGUUGGAGGCUUGAGGUCUCACAAGUAUAACCAGAACCGUUGCCUGGUGGACCCGGGGUCGGGCAGCACUCCAACCCUCCACCAGUGUCAGCUGGCCCAGAGUGCCAAGCUACACUCACAGUGGGAAUUCAGACAGGGUCAGUCCAUCAGGAACAAGGCAACAAAGCGGUGUCUGGAGCUCAGCCUGGGAGAAUCGCUCAACUACGAGCUCAUCAUUCAGAAGUGCACCGGGCAGACAUGGACCAUCGAGCACGUCGCCAAAACCUUUUAGUUUGCUCACUCAGUGACCCAAGUUACUCGUAUUUAUUCUUGCAAGAAACACUUGAAUUAAUAUUUCAUCUUUUUGCUUUGACACCUCUUCUACAGUGCCAGAUAUUUUCACUCUUUGAAGUACAGUGGUACCUUGGUUUUCGAAUGUCCCGGAGUUUAAACAAAAAUUUCGAAAUUUUUAUUGCUUCAGAUUUCGAACAAAAAUCCAGAACUCGAAAGCCGAAAAAACAUAACGUGCACGGACCGACCAGCUGACCCAUGACGUGCUUUGUUAUUGUGUAUAACGCAGCCUCUGUAUGCAGACGUGUCCCGUUAGCUACAUUUACUGACUGUUUUUUCUCAUAUUGAGGUGUAAAACCUUUCCUGUCUCCGCACUGGACCGUGGUAGAGUGUCACAGGGGAGGUGCUCGCUCUCCACACCUCCGAGGCUGGAGCCACACUCCAGGGUUUGAUGUCCUGUUGUGGGCUGGAGCUGGGACAGGGAUGAGGCGAGUCUGGGACAGAGCGUUACUUGGUUUAUGACUUUGUCACAGCCAAACUGCACAGAAGCGCACAUUCAGAGCUGGACACGCACCGGGCACCUCUUCACUUCUGGAGAGACGUCACUCACUCGGCAACCCCUCCCACAUGCAGCGGCCACACACAUAGAGGAACAGCGCACCUGCAGCAGACACUCUACAUUCACUCCUACAAAAGCCUAUUUUACAACAAUUUGCUUCUCGAACGGCCGUCUGGAACGGAUUGAGGUCGAGAACCGAGGUACCACUGUACUAGUUUACUCUGAUGAUGAUAGUAUUGAAUUUAAGAUCA